GAGGAGGAAGAAGAGCAGAGACUCGCCGACAGCUCCGGCAGCGAGUCAAGGGCCAGGCCGAGUCCGAUGUCCGCUUCACGGCCUCCUGUGAUUCUGAACAUCCUGUCCUUCGUGUGUGUGGUGUCCGUCUGAGGCCGGGACACGCGAGAGGUGGAACGAGGAAGGAGAGGAAAGAAGAAACGAGUCUCGGGACAGAGACACCGGCGCCGGUAUGGACGAGCCGAGCGAGAGGAGGCGGCUGCUGGACGCGGAAGGUGCGGAGCAGGAUCCCGCGGGACGCGAGUCGGAGCAGGACGUUUAUCUGAGCAAAGUGCAGAACAGGAAGUUGUACCUGGCGACGUUGGCGUCCGUCCUGGGUCCCAUGAGCUUCGGCUUCGUGCUGGGCUACAGCUCGCCGGCCCUCCCCGAGCUCACGCACAUCGCCGACCCACGGCUGCGGCUCGACAAUGUCCAGGCUUCCUGGUUCGGGUCCAUCGUGGCGAUGGGGGCGGCGGUCGGCGGCCUCCUGGGCGGUUGGCUGGUGGACAAGAUCGGCAGGAAGCUCACCCUGAUGUUCUGCUCGCUGCCGUUCGUCUUCGGCUUCACCGUCAUCAUCGCGGCGCAGAACGUGUGGAUGCUCUACGCCGGCCGCGUGCUCACCGGCCUCGCCAGCGGGGUCACGUCGCUCGUCGUGCCGCUUUAUAUCUCGGAGAUGGCGCACGAGCGAGUCCGCGGGACGCUGGGCUCCUGUGUGCAGCUCAUGGUGGUGCUCGGCAUCAUGGGAGUUUAUCUGGCAGGUCUCUUCCUGGACUGGCGCUGGCUGGCGAUCUGCUGCUCCGUCCCGCCGACGCUGCUGAUGGUCUGCAUGUGCUUCAUGCCCGAGACGCCGCGGUUCCUGCUAUCCCAGGGCAAGAGGCGCGAGGCCGAGGACGCUCUGCGCUUCCUGCGAGGACCGGACGCGCCCGUCGAAUGGGAGUGCGCUCGCAUCGCAGACGCCUGUCAGGAGCGGAGCUCUGGUUUGCGUAUGUCCGACCUGAAGGACCCCGGCGUCUACAAGCCUCUGGUGAUCGGCGUCAUGCUGAUGGUCUUCCAGCAGAUGACGGGCAUCAACGCCAUCAUGUUCUACGCCGAGAACAUAUUCGAACAAGCACAUUUUAAGGAGAGCGACCUGGCGUCGGUGAUCGUGGGGCUGAUUCAGGUUGUCUUCACCGCGGUGGCGGCGCUGAUCAUGGACAAGGCCGGAAGGAAAGUCCUUCUCAUCAUCUCAGGUGUCGCCAUGGUGAUCAGCAACGCCGCCUUCGGGGUUUACUUCUACCUGAUCACCAAACCGAACGCCGGCGUCUCGCUCGGCCUCUUGAGCGCGGCCAGUGAGGAACCCCAGGCCGACCUGGCCUGGCUGGCCCUGGCCAGCAUGGCGGUCUUCAUCGCAGGCUUCGCUCUGGGUUGGGGUCCGAUCCCGUGGCUCGUCAUGUCGGAGAUUUUCCCCGUCAACGUGAGGGGGUUCGCCAGCGCCGUCUGCGUCCUCACCAACUGGGGCAUGGCGUUCCUCGUCACCAAAAGCUUCCAAGAUAUGAUGAGUCUUCUGACCAGCGCCGGGACCUUCUGGUUGUUCGCCUCCAUGUGCAUCCUCAACGUCGUCUUCACCAUUGCCUUCAUCCCCGAAACCAAGGGCAAGACGCUGGAGCAGAUCGAGGCCACGUUCAGAGGAGCGUCGUCGCGUCCGUGAGCUGAACUGAACUGAAGCGGCAGCCGGGGGCGUAAAAAUCCUCUCGUGUUUCGUCGUCCAAAGAAUCUGAUAAAAUACCGUUUUUUGUGUCCAGUAAAUGGCAACUAAAUAAUAAUCCCAAGGGCGUUUUUGAAAACCGAAUAAAACAAAAGGCUAAUUUUCAAGCGCUCGGUUGCGAGGAGGGCGACACUCAGUGAGGAGAUGGGAAACUCUGACCUCAGUGGUGGAGAUGAACCAACAACAACAUCUGAGCCGCAAGAUGCUUCUACCUCCAGGAACACGGCUCCACGCUGCCCCCUGCAGGCCGCGCUGCUGUAACUCACCUUGUUCCUUAGUCUCCACACGCAGAUCAGCAAAGUUCCUCUGAGAGCAGGUUUUCAAUUGCACUAUAAUUCUUUUGUAUGACAGGACUUCUUGGACAUGGUGAAGGUUUCAGACGUCUCCCUUCUUUGGUGUAAUUAAGGUUCAUUCCAAUUAAACUUUUAAGUCUCUUUUCUAAGGUUGUUGUUGUAAAACGUUUGUAUUUUCCAUCCUCCUGCGAAAAAAACAGACAGUUAAGCUUUAAGUUGUGGCAUUAUAGUUUCGGGGAAACAAAAUCAUUUUUCAUGUACUUUUUGUUGUGGUUACAGUUCUCCCUCUUAUGGUUAAUUCUGUAUCGUGAAAAGAUUUUUUCCGUGAGGAAUAUGUUUAAAGAUCUUAUAAAAAAAAAAGAUCAUGCUUUGCAUGUUUUAUACAAUUAUAGAAUUGUAGGGAGAAAAAUGUGGGUUGUGUCAUUGAUGACGAAACGAACGCACCCUGAAGUGACUGUUAUUGUAAUUGUAUGUCGUCACAGAAUCACAAAAAAAUAAAACAACUGACAACCGUGAA